AACAAGCAUCAACAACGAAAAUCAAAUGUAUUUAAUUUCUAAAGGAUGAUUUACGCUAAAACGAACUUAUCAGACUAUUUAGUGUUAGUGGAUUGAUCAUGCAGGCAUCAAUGAGAAGAGCAAAUUUGAGUCAUACCCACCAAUCAAAGCUGCGAGCUCAAUACAGACAAAGAGAAAUUCUUCGCGAGGAAAACAUUAAGAAAUUAGCAGCAGAGAGACUUCUUGAUGCAAACAUGGCCAGUGAGGAACGAGUUGAAAACAAAAGGUUUCUCUGCCGAUUGCAACAAGAAACAAGGGAGAGAGAGAUGGAGGAAGCAUUCCUUCAGGAAAAUGAAGCAAGGAGACAAAGGGAAUUACAGCUUGAGCAAGAGGAGAGACUUGCUAAAGAGUUGCAGCGAAUGAAAAUGGAAAAGCUAAGAGAUGAAAAAUUCAGACAACAAAUUAGGGAAAAUAGUAUUGAACUUCGGGAGUUGGAAUCAAAGUUGAAAGCUGGCUAUAUGAACCGUGAAAGAGCUGCACAGCUUGCCGAGAAAAGAUUGCUGAAAUUGAUGAACAGUAAUCGUGAGGAAGAAAUUGCAAAAACGAUCAGGGAAUUGCAUGACAAACAACUUGAGGCAGAAACUGCUAAAGAAAAACAGAGAUAUGAAGACAGUGUACUCCAUCAACAAGAACUGGAAAAACAAUUGCUAGAACAGGAAAAACAGAAGCAGGAAGCUUAUGAAGAAUUCCUCAAAGAAAAAUUGAUGAUUGAUGAGAUUGUGAGAAAAAUUUAUGAAGAAGACCAAAGAGAGCUUGAGAAAAAAAUGGAAAAACAACGAGCGACACAGAGAUAUAUACAAGAAUUCAAACAAAAGAGGGAAGAGUGGAAAGAAUACGAGCGACAAUUAAUGGAGGAGGAGAACCGACGAAUCUUGGAGUUUGCGAAAGAGCAACAGAACAGGGAAGAGGAACGAAUGGAGAAGAAAAAGCAAGCGGAAGAAGCUAUGAAUAAACUUCAAGAAAGGCUGGGGGAGAAGAUUGCUAGAGAUGCUGCCGAAAGAGAAGAAAUGGAAAGGAUCCGAGUUGAACUGUACAUGGAGGAGCAGGAAGAGAAAGCUAGACAAAAAGAAAAGAUUGACAUCGAGAACAAGUUCCGACAACGUGUAGACCUCGAAGAAACUAGACGUCAACAGCUACACUACAAAGAAAUGAAGCGACAGGCCGAAUUUGAAGAAGAGGAAGAAUUCAGAAGACAGAUGCUUGCCAAGUUUGCCGAGGAUGAUCGUAUUGAGCAAAUGAACGCCCAAAAACGGCGCAUGCGUCAGCUGGAGCACAAGAGAGCGGUGGAGAAGUUAAUUGAUGAAAGAAGAGAGCAAUUCAGACGCGAGCGCGAAGCUGAACUCGAGGCCCGACGUGAAGAAGAGAGAAUGCAAGAAUACAGAAGACAGAUAAUAGAAGAAGAAAGACAACGUCUGUUGCAAGAGCAUGCCACGAAACUGCUAGGAUAUUUACCCAAGGGCGUACUUCGUGAUAACCAGGAUCUUGACAUGUUUGACGAUAAUUUCAAGGAAGCGUAUUCCAAACGUUACAAGGAAUUCUGGGAAGAAGAUUACGAUUCCCAAUCGAACGGUUCGUAGAAAAGAUCUUCAUUUAAACAUCAAAUUGAGUACAUCGGGAGAAAAAAUUAAAUGUUUUAUAUUUUCAUCAAGGUUAACUAUCCUACUUGACUAAAUCUGGUACACUCCCGAACUGCAAAUGAUGUGAAAACAUAUGAUUUAUAUUAUAUAAGAUUUAUAUUACGAUGACAUAAAAUAAAAUGAAAUGCUGCUA